AUGUGGGCGCGCGCGGCGCUGGCGUGCGCGGCGGUGCUGGCGUGCGCGCGCGCCUGGCCCGGCGGCGCGGUGUGCGCGCGGCGGGCGGCGGCGGCGGCGGGCGGCGCGCGCUACGUGGCCUUCCUGAGCCGCGGGCCGGGGCCGCCCGCGCUGGUGGAGAGCGCCUGGGCAGGGCGCGGGCGCCUGCUCGCCUGCUGGGCGCGGCGCGACCCCCGCCUGGCGCGCGCCUUCCGCGCCGCCUGCGCGCGCCGCCCCCCCGCCGCCCCCGGCGCCGCGCUGCGGCGGGAGCUGGCCGCGCUCUGGCGGCGCCGCGCCGCCUGCACCGACCCGGAGCCGCGGGGCGAGCGCCGCCGCCGCCGGAGGGGCUGGACGGUGCCCGGCACGCUGUGGUGCGGCGCCGGGGACUCGGCCGGGAACGCCACCGAGCUGGGGCUCUUCCGCGGCCCCGACCGGUGCUGCCGCGAGCACGACCAGUGCGAGGCGCAGAUCACGGCGCUGCAGUUCAACUACGGCAUCCGCAACUACCGCCUGCACACCGUGUCCCACUGCGACUGCGACGCCAGGUUCCGGCGGUGCCUGCUGGCCCUCAACGACACCAUCUCCAACAUCAUCGGCGUCACCUUCUUCAACCUGCUGGAGGUGCCGUGCUUCGUGCUGGAGGACAGCGAGGAGUGCGUGCAGUGGCACUGGUGGGGCGGGUGCGAACGCUACGGCGUGGUGCCCCUGGCCAGGAUGGUGCAGCAGGGGCAGUAUGGCCACGGGCUGCCCGCAGAAGGCAGCGACGGCGGCCGGGGAAGGAAGCCCUCUGGAGCGGGUCGGAAGCGCCUGCGGCAGGGGCUGGGACGAGGUCCCGGGCUCCGCCGUGUGCGGAGGCCUGUGACAGCCCAGCAGCCGUGGGGCCCGGGUGCCUCGUCCCCUGCGUCUGCCAGGGACGAGGCUGAGCCUGCUGCCAGGCACGCAGCACCUUGGGGUGAGCUGGAGCCGGGCCUGCCAACCGCGGUGGCCACGUUGGAACAGGAGCUCGCCGGAGGACAGCGGGGGCCGGGGGCCUCGGCACGGCCCGCCCUUGAGGCAAGCCCCGAAGACAACAGCAUCGGAUCCAGCCUGGCUACAGAGCCCUGUGAGGCUGUCCCUGUGCCUCCCGGGGAUGGGCGCAGGCAGCAGGGCCUGGGGAGGAUGUGCAGGUGCUACAAGCGCCUGGAUAAGUGUGAGUACCAGAUCGCACCCCAUGAGUUGAAGUACCAGCUGCAUAACGCAGACACCCGGACGCUCUUCCACUGCAACUGCACUCGCAGACUGGCGCGGUCCCUGCGCAGGGCGAAGGGUUUCAAUGAGGUGCAGGCAGCAGUCUUGGCUGACCACGUUGCUGCAGCUUGCUUUGUGUUGGAGCCACUCACCAACUGCAGCCUGGGCAAGGAGCCACAGCACAACAGCUGUACCUCAGCAACCCGGGCUGUGCUAGUAGUACCUGCACGGCAUCUCAAAAACAUCCUGAGGCGCUGGGGUGCUCCUCGCGUAACCUCCAAGGUCAAGCAUCAAGACUGGAAGAGACAGGGCAGUGGCAGCACCCUCUAUGAGCAAUGCCGGCAACUGGCUUUGGAGCAGAAGCUGUGUGCACAGCAUCAUACAGCACCCCGAUGAUGCCUGAACGGUGCGGGCAUGCCUCGUGUGGGAAGGAAGACGUGCUAUGCAGCAGGCACUGAGUGGAGCUGCUUAAUGUCUGGUCCUUGAGAGAAAGGAUGGCACCAAGCAUGGCUGCUGGCAUGACUACGUGGAAUUGGGGGGGUGCGCAGCUGGAAUGAGGGCAAGCAGAGGGACUGAGAAGGCUCAGCUACCCCUCUCCUGAGGAGCUGUGGCACCAACUGUGAGCAUCAAAGCAAGGGGAAAGGAAGGGGAGCACUUGGGUGUAAGGGGAAAGCCACCAUCAUCCUUCCCUUUUGUGCCGGGGGCAGGGAGAAUGCUCUGGGCAUAUGAGCCUCAGGCAGGGGCUGGGGUGGGGGGGUCUGAGGGAUCUGGGGU